CUCGAUCUUUAGAGGUUCGAGGAGGGAGGGGGCUAUCUUGCCCUCCUCCCACCCGGUGCAUUCUGACGUUGCGCGGCAGGGAAGGAGGGAGGGCCCAGUAGCGGCCGCUGGGACGGGGGCUCCCAACAUGUCCGUGCUGUUAGCUGCGCUCGGACUGCGAGAGCCGAGGACCGCGAAGGGAAAGGCCGCUGUGUGAGAAGGGGAAGGAGAAGCGGCGGCCGCGGCGGCUCCUUCAGCUUUAGCCUCACCAGGCCCGGCUCCUCAGUGGGGGCUGCCUAUCCUGCCUGCCCGGGCACGGGUCUUCUACGCGAGCGAGGGAGUCCUACGGCGCCAGGAUAUUCAAAAUCAGAACAAAUGUUGCGUCCUGCAUUUUCUGAAGACAUUCAGACCUAAUCUAUUCUGAACCUGUGGGCUGAAGGAAUGUAAACCCUAAGGUUUUAGAUCUGUUCAAAAAUUUGCAGACGUGCAGUUGACAGAUUUCUGUGUAAAUCAAGCAAACAUGGGUGCAUUUUUGGAUAAACCAAAAACUGAGAAGCAUAAUGCUCAUGGGGCAGGAAAUGGGUUGCGUUAUGGCCUCAGUAGUAUGCAAGGAUGGAGAGUGGAAAUGGAAGAUGCUCACACAGCUGUUGUAGGAAUUCCCCAUGGUUUGGAGGACUGGUCCUUUUUUGCUGUUUAUGACGGUCAUGCAGGAUCUCGUGUGGCAAAUUACUGCUCAAACCACUUACUAGAACACAUCACUAGCAAUGAAGACUUCAGGGGAACAGAACAGCCCGGCUCUGCUCUGGAACCUUCAGUGGAAAAUGUAAAGAGUGGAAUCAGAACUGGCUUUUUGAAAAUUGAUGAGUACAUGCGCAAUUUUUCAGACCUCAGAAAUGGCAUGGACAGGAGUGGCUCAACAGCAGUGGGAGUUAUGAUCUCACCUGAACAUAUUUACUUUAUUAACUGUGGAGACUCACGUGCUGUUCUCUAUAGGAAUGGACAAGUCUGCUUUUCAACACAAGAUCAUAAGCCUUGUAAUCCCAGGGAGAAGGAGAGAAUCCAGAAUGCAGGAGGGAGUGUCAUGAUUCGGCGUGUUAAUGGCUCGUUAGCAGUUUCCCGGGCUCUAGGGGACUAUGACUACAAAUGUGUUGAUGGCAAAGGCCCAACAGAACAACUUGUUUCUCCAGAACCUGAGGUUUAUGAAAUUGUAAGAGCAGAAGAGGAUGAGUUUAUUGUCCUGGCUUGUGAUGGAAUUUGGGAUGUUAUGAGCAAUGAGGAGCUUUGUGAAUUUGUUAAGUCUAGGCUUGAAGUAUCGGAUGAUCUGGAAAAAGUGUGCAAUUGGGUUGUGGAUACUUGUUUACACAAGGGAAGUCGUGAUAACAUGAGUAUUGUUCUAGUUUGCUUUUCAAAUGCUCCUAAGGUCUCAGAUGAGGCAGUGAAAAGAGAUGCAGAAUUGGAUAAGCACUUGGAAUCACGGGUAGAAGAAAUUAUGGAGAAGUCAGGAGAAGAAGGAAUGCCCGACCUUGCUCAUGUCAUGCGCAUUUUGUCUGCAGAGAAUAUCCCAAACUUACCACCAGGAGGUGGUCUAGCUGGCAAGCGAAAUAUUAUUGAAGCUGUUUAUAACAGACUGAACCCACACAGAGAGAAUGAUGGGGGUGCUGGCGAUCUAGAAGAUCCGUGGUAGCCUUACAGAUCUACUAAAAUGCUUUUGAAUCUGAAAAAUGGGGGAAAAACUUUUAAUCAGUUUUCUUCAAUACAAGGGAAAAAUUCUGGUGGAUUUCCAACAUUUUGUGAAAAGGGCGGAAAGAAAUUAUUGGGAUUUUCCAUCAUUUGUUCAUAUUUGUGUUUUCUGAUAUUGCCACUCUUAGCAUUGCCUGUACUACAGUAUUUUUACCAGCCUUGGGCAUAUUGGUUCCCUCUUUACAGAGCCUGAGCCCUAAAAACCUGAGGAAGGAAUAAUGCUGGGAGUACAUCACUAAAUGUACAUAAAGUACCAUGGGAUUCUAGUUGUACUCUGAAGACACACUAUGGUUUAACAAAACUUACAGUACCUGCACAGCUGUGUGCAAAUAAUUGUUAUGAGACACUUACUUCACCUUAACAAGAUGGAAGGCUUUUGCAGCUCUGGGCUUGAAAGCCAUUUCAGUUGGGCAACAUGCUAUAGGAUGUGUAUUUUUUUUUUUAAUUUUCCAGUUUUACCUUUAUUACCAGACUGUUAGGUUUUCCCCUGCAGUGUGCAAAUUGUGAUAUGUUGCCUAGUGCUUGCUUAAGAUAAAAAGUGUAUUUGGCAAUAAUAUAAGGAGAUUUUAGUCAUCUAAAACCAAUAAGAAUUUUACGCAUGUGUAUAAAACACAUCCUUAAACUCUUGCUAGAAAAAAAAAUCUUUUAAAACCAAACAACUUAAUUUAUGGUUAGUUGUAAUUUGCUUUGACAUCUGACACAUCGCUGCAAGUUUUUUUAAAUGCUGAAUAUUUGCCUUUAUUAUAAUGUAAAUUGUGAUUUUGUUCUAAAUGUGGUUUUCUAUAGAUUUUUUCCUUUGAUUUCUAUCGGCUUAAAAGAGAGGUCUUGUGUAAUAUGGGUAUAAUUUUUAAUUGUUUGCAUUAUUUACAAAGUUCAAAUUAUCACUUUGAGAUUACUAUAAAUACAGCUAAAAUUAUCUAUUUUAAAAUUUAAGAAAAUAUUAGAGAUAUUUUCAUGGGUUCAGUGACCUUUCAUUUUAUAAGCAAUGGGCAUGGUACAGAGUGGUACAGAGUGGCCGUCAUGUAAGGUACUUGAAGAUUCUUAGUUUAAUUCUAUUUUUGCAAUAACCUUAUUUUUUUCUUAAUUCUUUUGAGUUGUGCAUGUAUUGAGUCCAGUUAAUGCUGAAAGUGGAGAAGAGUAAAGUAUUUAUCUAAAAAAUAAAUAAAUAAAAGCUGUUGGGGAGGGAAACAAUGAAUGUAUCCAUCUGUACAUGAUCUACAUGCUGUGGAUGCCUUGUAAACAUUUUCCUAUUUGUUUAAACUGUGUUUCAACCAGGAUGUAUUUGCCCUUGUGUGUAGUUUAAGCUAACGACAGUCAUCAACUGGUUUUGUGUGAAAUAAAAGUCAUAGUAUUUUUCUGUAAGCUCCAUCCCACCCCAACACACACACUUGAGUGUAGAUCCAUGUACACUCUUAUGACCUGGUGCUUAUAGCCAGUGUUCCCAAUCAUUUGGUUCAUUGUGUAUCUGAUUUGGGGGGGGGGAGUCUAGAGAGGAUUAUUGCCACAAUAUAUUUUAUUUAUUCAUUAGAUUUUAGCCUUGUAAGUUAAAAGUGUUUAAAUGAUAAUGUUAACAGGUAUUUGUCCCUACUGGGUUUUUCUUUGGGGUUGUUAAAUGCUAGGGAAUGAAGAAUGCAAAAUGGUUUAUUGUUCAGACUGUCUGCUCUGGUCCAAUCCUGUACUGAUAGUACCUUCCCAGUAUGAUAUUGUGAUGUUUCAUACAAUACAGUGAACAUAACCAACUUGUUAUCUUCAAUAAAGGAUUGCUAAAACAGUGAGAAGCACUAUUUUGUGGGAAAGGAGUUAGUGGCAAAAUUACUAUUUGUUUUUGUAAUUGUAAGUGCUGUAUUUUGGAAUGUAUAUUCAUGUGGUAUCUGACCUUAAAGAACUUGGGUCUUUAUUGCAUUCUUUGAUUUCUGAUAAGGAUUAUAGAUUGGUAAUGCAGUAUGUAUAAAUGGGGAAGGCCUUAAGAUUUUUCACUUUAAAAUUCACUUGUUCUGGGUCUGUAAAAGAGAAAUGCAGGUGUAAUAAUGAGGUUAUAAUCCUUCAUAAUAUGUUGAUGCAAGGUGGUAACCCAUGACAUUCUGUAAAAUUGCUGUGAAUUUUUUCUUUAAAUACUGUGGUGUUCUUUAAACUACAGUCUAUAAGAUUUGUUCUACCCUCAGCAACGUAUUUGAAAUGAAGAGUUUCUAAAUUAGGAGGAGGAAAAAGAGAACUUAAUGAUUGCCACUACCUGCAGAGUGUUACUGUAUACCUUUCACAGAAGAUGUGAUUGAAAACCUGAUUAAUGGAUCUGGAUCCUUUACAUCAACAUCAAAGUGCAAGUGCCUAUAUUCAUGGUCUAAACUAUUGGAUGCCAAAGUUAGUCUUUUAUGCCUGAUGGAAAGCAUUGCUUAGCAUUCAUUCUUGUAUAUCCUAUAUCACAUGCUACACCUGAAACCAUAUCUUGUUCCUUUUUUCAAACCACAUUAAAUAAGUGCUAACAUUCUAGCAUAACCCCUCUAUCUGAAGAAGGUUAGAUUAUGUUUUGUAACUGUAGGUAAUGGCUCAGAUCUGUACCAUCACAUGUGAAUAUUUUUCCCCCCACUGGGGCAAGGUGGUACUGAAGUAUGACCUUUGCUGAUUCAUCCUUCUAAGCUGUUCUGUAUAGUCAGAGAAUUCUCCUGAACAGAAUGGAAAGGAUUUACCGGGGCAGGAGCAGAAUGGAUGAAGAUCAACUUUCCCUUCUUCCAGUUGAGGACCUCUGCUGCAUCGUCAAUGAAGAGAGCCCUUCCUUUUGUAGAAGAGAUUUUGGAGCCAAUCUAGUAGACUUUAAAGGAUGUUGUCAGGAUUUAUUUGUUCACAAGAUACGCAGUAUCAAAUAUUUACCAUAUUGAAAUUGAGCUUCUUUGCCAUAAUCUUACAACAAGAAUGGUCAGAAGACAGGGCAUGCAACCUAAAUAAUGAACAAAGCGAGCUUUGUCUUUCACUGGCUACUGAAUGAUUUCUAGUUCAAACAAUUUAAAAUCUUAUGCUUAAGUACCAUAUUGGUUCUAAUCCAUUAAUAAUGAUUCAUAAUAGCUCCCCUUAAACUCUUUCUGAUAACGCCGCGUAAUGCCUAGUUCUGCUUAUUUCACACAAAAUACUGCCCUAUUCCAGGAAGGGGAUUCCAUUAGACACUUUGAUGCGUCUUGGUUUUUCUCUACAUAUAUAAAAGUUUGGCUUCCUUUUUGCUGGAAUAGCUCUUAACUAGUUUACAUCCUGAGAGUAGCUUUCUUGCCACAUCAGGGGUUUGUCUUCAUCUUAUUGGCAGACCGACCCACUGAAACAUGAUCUUAAGCUAAACUUUAGUUUACUUCCAAAACAGACUUGCCUUCUUAAUGCCUGCUACCACUACUGCUUGCUGCAUUUGGUUUUAAGCUGUUGCUAACUUGAAGCAGAGACUUGAGGCAUAAUGAGUCCCUUGAUCAAGAUUAAGACUGACAAAAAGACCAAAAAAAAAAAAAACUUGGUUGGGAUAGAGCUUGUUUGUGUUUUACUUGGAAGUAAGGCCCACUGUUUGCAAAAGACAAACUCUUGGAAGUUCUUUAAUUUCUAUUCUGAUUCAAGGUACAGCCACCACACAGGUGUUGCAAUGUGAUGGCAGAUUCAGAUACAGACUGGCCAGCAUACUCAGUGUUCAGUAUCUAGCACCUCACUGUGCAAGUACGGUAGCUUGCUUUUUUCCACCAUUCCCAUUCAUGCAACCCUUUCCUCUUCCCAGGUAACUGCUUUUUGACAACAUGGAGAUUCAUGUGAUGCGUUGCCAGUGAUUUGGUUUGCCAUGAGGAAUUGCCUGCAGGGCAGUUUCAGGCAGUGGUAACAGCUGAUUGGGAUGAAGCCUUCACUUUAAAGUGCUUGCUAAAUUCAUCCUCUCAGUGGUCUCUGCCCUGCUGCCUUGAUUUCCUUCAUGUGUUAAUAGUGACCAGUACAGGAAACACUGAUGAGUAGAGUUGUAGAAAACAUUUGGAUUGGCUAUAGCUUUUUGCAUUCUUUAAAUUUCAACAUCCCUACCAUACCUUUCAUUUUAAAAGAAUAAAAAUAAGAAUAAACGAUGUUAUGUCUUUAAGUGACAAGGAAGAUUAAUGUGAGGUCAAUUUUCACAUUUAAUCUAUGUUAAUCCUUAAAUAUAAGGAAUUCUAUUGACCCAAAGGGAUGAGAAAUGAGGGCUCGAUUUUUAAAAAUGUCAUGCUGCUUUGUCUGAGUAUGUUUCAUUUUAGCCUUGUAGAAAACUCAUUUAUCCCCAUCAGUGUUACAUUCCCUAACUACUAGCACUGUUUAGCUUCUUCAUAGUGUUUACAGCUGCUUUCCUAUCUUGUGCUUUUUAUGAUUGUAAGCACCACCUGAACAUCCAGUCUAUUUAGUUCUUUUUAAGAUCCUGCUUAAUUACAAACCCUGUACCCUUCAACAUUUAAUGAAGCUGUAACAUUCUCUGUGAUGCUUGGGUUGUCUGUAAAUUUUGUGAAACUGGUGCAUGUCAGUCUGUUCAUAAGUAUAAACAUUACUUGUAUCAUAA